AUGGCCGUUACGAGUGCCAGAAACAUUGUGGACUUGCAAGAAAAGGGGCAUUUCGAACAUGACAAUGAACGGAUUAUCGAAAAAUAUACGUUGGCAGACAAAUUACCGUCACAGCUCAAAGAACUCAACCUACGGCCCCGGAACCUCUCCAAGCCCGCUUACAGUCUUCGGAAGCUCACCACCAGUGAUAAAGAACCUGUCAUCGAAUUUCUCCGAAAAUUUUUCUUUCGAGAUGAGCCCUUAAACCUCACAAUUAACCUCCUGGAAACUCCGGAGUCCCGGUGCUUUGAGCUGGAGGAUUACGCAGCCAGUACUCUUCAGGACGGAGUCUCCGUUGCUGUCGUGGAUGACCAGGGCGAUUUUGUAGGGAUGGUGAUUAAUGGCAUUGCCAGGAGAGAGGAAGUCGACUACACUGACAAAUCGGAAGAAUGCCCUCACCCAAAAUUCAAGAGGAUUUUGAAAUUAUUGAAUUAUUUAGACCGCGAAGCAGCAAUUUGGGACAAGCUACCUCCUACCUGCGACACAGUGCUGGAGAUCAGGAUAGCAUCAACGCACAGUGACUGGAGAGGACGAGGCCUCAUGAGAGUGCUUUGUGAGGAAUCAGAACGUAUUGCUAAGGAAAUAGACGCAGGCGCCUUACGUAUGGACACGACGUCGGCCUUCUCUGCCGCAGCAGCCGAGAGGCUUCACUACAAGAGUGUCUUUAGUGUUUUGUACUCGGAUAUUCCUUAUGCGCCUCAUCCAGACCCACCACACAGCGAGGCCAGAGUAUACCUUAAACAAAUCUGA